UCUAGUCUUUACCCUUUCACCGUUUAGACCCCGCCUUCUCCCAUUCACUUGCAGAUAACACACACACAACACACACAUUAUUCCACCUUCUUCUUCUUCUUUUGCAAGAAAUAAACUUCCAUCUCGAUCAGGUUUUUGAGGUGGGUUUCAUUUGAUUAGUUCUUGAUUAUCUUGCAUAUUGACAAACCCCUCUAUGUCUGUGUGUUUUCCCCUUUUUAUGGGCUUAUUUGCUUUGUUCAUACCAGACAAGAUUACUAAUGUGGUUUGGGUUUCAACUGAACUAGAUUCUCCUCAGUUUUUGGGAUUUGACUUUGGUACUUGAAGAGAAUUCAGGGUAUUUUUCAGUGUGUUUUUGAUGAACAGGGUUUUAAUCCAUAUUGAUUUUUCAAUUCAUUUUUGGAAUUAUUUGAUUUGAAUAUGUGUAUUAGAGAUUGUUUUUCAUUCUUUUUGUUGGCAAAAACAUUAGCAGACGAACUGUUUGAUGAUUCGCAGGUGAGUAAAAUAACAAGAAUGGGAAAUGAAAUGGGUCCUCCAUGGUUGAAGCCAAUGCUGAAAACUGAUUAUUUCUUUCCCUGUCCGUUUCAUUCGGAUUCAAAUAAAAGUGAAUGCAAUAUGUAUUGCUUGGAUUGCAUGGGAAAUGCAUUUUGUUCUUACUGUUUGAUCCAUCACCAGGGCCAUCGCCUUGUUCAGAUAAGGAGAUCUUCAUAUCAUAAUGUGGUAAGGAUUAACGAAAUUCAGAAGCACAUAGACAUUUCUUGCAUACAGCCCUACAUUAUAAAUAGUGCGAAAAUCGUGUUCUUGAAUGAGAGACCGCAGCCAAAGCCCGGAAAGGGAGUUACAUACACUUGUGAAAUCUGUGCACGUAGCCUCCCGGACUCCUUCCGGUUCUGUUCCCUGGGUUGCAAGUUGAAUGGCAUUAGAAGAGGCGACUCGGAGCUCACAUUUUCACACAAGAGAGGAGCAUUUGAUGGGAUGGAUUCAGAUGAUGAGCCAUCAACUCCAAAGAAAAUUGCAUUUUCAUCGGGUUCGAUUAGUUCGGGAGACGAGAAUGUGAACGGUAUGUCCCCUGAUACACCUCCUUUGUUCAAUCGUCAUAGAAGAAAAGGCAUUCCUCAUCGUGCCCCUUUCUAAUAUCCCGAAAUCAUUAUCUAAGUAUAGAUUUCAAAAAUAAUGGUUUAAUUGAUACUCUUUGUUACAUAAUAUGUUAGUGUGAGUACAUUUCCUAGAUGAAAGAUGUAUAGGAUGAUAAAUAUAUAGUUGGGGUUUUAGUUUCCACUUUUUUUGUGUACAUAUAUACACACGCCUUGUACUGUGCUUCUACUCUGGUGAAAAGAUAAAGCAAAGGUUUGUUAAAACCUUUAGCAGUUGUGAAUAAUCCUUUUAUAAUAAUAUUGUUUCGAUAUUCGUGCUA